AUGGCAACUUUGCACUGCAUGGAUGAUGAGGAUUAUCCUCCAGAUCUGAGCGAGGAUCGUCUGUUCUCCCUGGUAUCACAGAUCAAGGAUUGGCAAAUCAACCACGGCUCGCUGCUGAAGCAAGUCGACUCGGAGACAGAGAAUAGUGUUCUCUCGUAUCCUGUUGGUGUUAGCUGUUUUCCUUCCCCCUUGCCCCGGGCACGGUUUGAGCAGGCAUUAGGUCUUCAAGAAAUCUAUAACAAACUAUAUUGUUCCAUUGCCGAAGAUGAAGAAUGGAUUUACGACACAAUCAAGGACAUGAUUGCCGCUGAGCCCCUCGCCAAGGCUCUCUGGGGGGAUUUACGAGGCCGCGAAGGAUGCAGGAUAUGUACAAGAUAUCUCUGCCGGCAGCUUCAGCUGAUCGAUGGGGGGGACUUGUCCAAGACAACAUUGAAGCAAGUCGAGUUCAACUCAUAUUCAUGCUCUGGCUUUUCACAUGCAAACAAAGCUGCCAACAUGCACCGGCAUCUCGCAAGAAUAGGGGUGUAUGAUAUGAAUGACAAGCCAUUUCCUGUGGACUCCUUGCCUAUAAAUCAUAAUAUCGACUCUGCCGCCUCGAUCCUUGCGUUGGCACACAAAGAAUAUGGUCCGCCAAGGAGCAAGCUGGCGAGUAAGACAGCGAUCCUAUUCAUUGUUCAGUCUUACAAUUUCAACAUCGCAGAUGAGCGACCGAUCGAGUACGCCCUCUGGAAUCGAGACGAUAUUGUUCCAAAUUACCGGCUGGAUUUCCCAGACAUACUCAAGUAUACCCAGCUCACAGAAGAACGGGCAUUACUCUUCCACCCACCGUGGCUCGCAUCAGAGAAACCAGUGGAGAUAUCGGUCGUUUAUCAAAGAGCUGGCUAUGAAGCGCAUGAGUACAGCAAAACCGGCUGGGAUUCCCGCUUACAGUUAGAGAAAUCCACUGCAAUUAAAUGUCCCUCGGUGCUGGGACAUUUGACUACUUUCAAAAAAGUCCAACAGGCUUUGACGAAGUCAGGGGCAUUGGAGCGAUUUCUAUCUCCCUCCGAAGUCGCCAGAAUUCGUGAGACGUUUGUUCCGGUUUAUCCUUUGGAUGAAUCCACAGAAGGUCUGGAAGCUCGGCGGAUAGCCUGCGAUCCUAAACGGUCGACCAAUUAUAUUCUCAAGCCAUCCCUCGAGGGGGUGGCAACAAUGUAUACGGGGAUGCAAUUCCGGCAUUUUUAA